UCUAAUCAUCUCCCGGACCCAUCAUCAUGUUUGCCCCAGAUGCACCAAUGGUCUACUUGUUUCCUCUUGCCAUUUCAUCACUAGCCUUGCUGCUGCUCCCAUGCACUGUGGUGGCCAGUGAGCAGACACCCUACAAACCACUCAUCGCUCGUGUCACCAAAGACCACAACACCUCUCUGUACACCAUCUCCAUCAAGAACGGCGAGCCUCUGGUCGUCGACCUAGCCGGCUCGCUCGUCUGGUCGACGUGCCCGUACAAGCACGGCACGGUGCCGUGCGAGUCUGACACGUGCCGCGUGGCCAACCAGCAACACCCGCGCCGCUGCCGGUAUGUGGACGCCGGCUGGUUCGGCGCCAACCGCGAGUCUGGCUGGGGCUGCGCCUGCACCGGCCACCCCUUCAACUCGGUCACUGGCGAGUGCUCCAUCGGCGAUCUCACCAGCAUGGCGAUGUCGGCCAACACCACCAACGGCACGCAUAUGCUGUACCCGGAGUCAUUCACCGCCGUCGGCUCGUGCGCACCCGACCGCCUUUCGAGAUCACUCCCCGAGGGCGCCACCGGCGUGGCGGGCUUCUCCCGGUGGCAGCUCUCCCUGCCGUCGCAGCUCUCCUCGCAGCGUAAGUUCGGCAACGUGUUCGCCCUGUGUCUGCCUGGCUUCGCCACCUUCGGCAACACGUCGGUGUACCUGGGGGAGGCGGGGUUUCGCCUCGUCGACUACACGGGCAUCAUCCCAUACACCCCGCUCCUCCAGAACCCGAGAAACCCCGGCGGCUACUACAUCCCCGUCAAAGGCAUAUCUGUGUCCUGGCACGGCGUGUACGUCCCGGCGUCCCUGCCCGGCGGCGUGUUGGACCUCGACGUCCACGCCGGCCGCGGCGGCGUCGUGCUGAGUACGGUGACGUACUACACGAUCAUGCGGCCCGACGUGUUCCGCCCGUUCGCCCGGGCGUUCGACGAGGCCAUAACUAGGGGGAGGAUGACCGACAUGAAGCGUGUGCCGGCGGUGAAGCCGUUCGAGCUGUGCUACAACGGCGUCGUCCCGUUGCUGAAGCGGCCGGUCAAAUACGACGUGCCGCUGAUCAACAUGGAGCUGGCCGGCGCCACGGGAAACUGGACGGUCUUCAACGACUACCUGGUGCAUGUGGAAGGUGCCAUGUGCCUCGGGAUCCUUGAGAUGGGGCCCGGUGGCAUGCCAGUCGACGGCGAGCCAUCGGUGGUGGUAGGCGGGAAGAUGCUAGAGAACAACCUGCUAGUGUUCGAUCUGGAGAAAGGGGUGCUGGGGUUCAGCAUGCUGUUGGACUACCGCUUGUCCAGUUGCUACAGCACUCCUUUGAAAUUUUGAAUUAACAGCUAGCGUGCCUGUUGCUCUUGACCUGUACUGUCCAGUGCUUGCAGUACCUGUUCCUCUCUUUCGUUUGAUGGAAGAGACACGUACGGGAUUAGAUUGCGCCUGUUUAACA